AUGAAGUUGACGCGGAGAGAAUUCGAGAAUAUCAACAAGGACAUGAUGGGAAGGAUCGACGAGCUGAUAGGGAAGUUAUCAUGGGAGGGCGUUGUGGGAAUUGAGCUCAUUGGAGGAGGCUCCAGGAUACCAGCAGUACAGCAGCAUAUUGAGGCACAGGUAAUGAUGCUAGCUGGUCGUAGAAUCCCUCUGGGACGGCAUUUGAAUGGUGAUGAGGCAGCCAGCAAGGGUGCAGCCAUCUGUGCCUCUAAUCAUUCACUCAUCGUGCGCGACGCUAGUCUCAAAGGGAAUCGGCGUAUAUGGCUCGAGGAUGGCCACCAUCGAAGCUAUUCUAUUGGAUGGGAUGGCUCGGAUGAGCGCACGGUGAUAGCGCCAGCUGGAGGAGAGCUGCAGUUCCAUCGUGAAGUGGAGAUGCCUCUAUCACGUGGUGGGAGUGGUAUUCUCACGGUCUUCGAGAGCGAUCCUCGGGCCACGACUGAUCGGCCCAUCCUACG